AUGACUACUUUCGAAAGAUUUAAGGAGCUUCCUCGAGAGCUUCGAGAUCGAAUUUGGAGCCUUGCCAUCCGUGAUGGCCAUCCAGGAGCACAUAUCUUCGGACAAUAUGUGACCGGAACUUCCGGAAGCCGUCGUCUCCAAUCUCAGAACAGUUUAUAUUUUGAUUUGACCGAGCCUUCGUGGAGACGGUACUUUGAGAGCUCGAAUGAAUAUCGCAGCGACGAGAAUAUUUCGGCAUAUCUUAUAGACGGCGGCUUAUGGGCCGCCUGUCAAGAGUCACGAUGCAUUAUGGAAAAACACUUCAAACAGUCAAAACGAGAAUUAGCUCCACGUGAUCCUUAUGACCAUCGAAGAAGUUUCAGCCGAGAAGAACUCUUCAAAACCGCCACGUCAGGCUACUUCGAUGGUACUCCUCUCGAAAGAGUGACAGUUUUCCCCCUCAGAGAUCUCUUUAUUGUGCAGCAUGAAGACCUGGAUAAGAUCUAUUGGGAUGGCCUUGACUUCGACCUUGCUCUCGCAUCAAUAAGAGAAGGAUUCUAUGGUGUGGAACAUAUCGCAAUAGAGUACGAUCGGGCGUGGAAGGAUGGACCUGCCAACCAUGAUGCUAUCUUUACGUUUUCACAAGCCUGUGUCGGAGUAACCUAUACCCUCUGGUUCCUCGACCGCUCUCUGAAACGAAAAAGCCAAGCUCCAGUGUUUGAAGAAGAGUCAGGCUGUGCCUGGAAGAUCAAUGCUUUUUAUGCUAGCGACAGGAAAUUUCUGGAGAUCAAAGACUACGGCACCCUCUUCAAGGACUGGGAAUAUAUCGGGCCGGUGGAAACCUAUUGGUACGAUCAUAUCGGUGAUUCGCUGGAUUUUGUCGACGAAUUAGAGGCCAAACUCGAUGAACAGAAAAUCACUGAUGGCUCUGAAGCCGAGGACCACUGUGUCGUUAGGCUUCUCGGAUGGGCCCCUCUCUGA